GCCUCUGUCAGACACUUGCUGCCAUGUAUUUUUAAUGAGCAGGCAUUCUCUGCGGAGACUGGGAGAGAGCGAGAGCGAGAGUGUUAUUCUUUGGAGGAAGGCAGGGGUAAGGCGGAAGCCGAUGGGCAGAGGCGAUGGAGUCCAGCGAGGAUGAGGGGAGCUGGAUGGAAAAUCAGUGGGAGAAAUGGCUCACACAUGACAUCACGCUGGAAGAAUUUGAAGAUGAGGAUUUAUCCGAAAUCACUGAAAUCACAGAUGAAUGUGGAAUUAGUUUUCACUGUAACGAGAGCAGACACUGCAAGAGCUGUCUGCGUGUCGAGCCAGGACCAGCCCCAGGAGGGGUGGGGGCUGCCAGCCGGAUCCAGGCAGAGAUGCUCCAGUUGGAUCUAAUUGAUGCUGUACAGAUUCACGAAGAAGAGACAGUGCCUUCCGCUGACCCCCGGCCUCUUCUUCCUUCAUCCAUGGAUACCUACAGGCCCAAGAGACCCACGACCCUCAACCUCUUCCCCCAGGCCCCUCGAACACAGGACACUCUAAAUAAUAAUUCCCUGGGGAAGAAAUACAGCUGGCAGGAUCGCGUUUCUCGCUCCUCCUCUCCCUUGAAAACUGGAGAUACCACACCAUCCAAUGAGCACGUGUGUCUGAGUGAUGAGGGGAACCCACCAGCUGUUACCCAGGACCGAGGGACCUCUACAGAUACUCCUUGUCGACAUAACAACACUACACAAAGCACCAAUGACCCCUCUAAUCGCACAAACACAAGAUCUCGCCUGGACCCUCACCGAGAUCGAAUCCGCUACCAGACUGAUGUUAGGCUUGAACCCACAGAGGAGAUCUUCCUGACACCAGUCCAGAGAUGUUCAGAUCCUCAAGAACAAGAUAAACCCUUUCUGUCACAGACUGGACCCUGCCGUAUGUCUGUCAGUUCAGAUGCAGAUGUUAACAUCCGCCCGCACAAUGGUGGCCGACAGCAGUUAUCUAUCAGUGAGGAGGAAGAGGAAGGAGAUGAUGGGGUGGGAUACCUUGGCUGCUCUGGCAGAGUGGGUGGUCACCGUGCCCUUCAGAGGUCAUCAGUUAGUUCCGACACCAGUGGCUUAUCUUAUGACUCUGUAAAGUACACCCUGGUGGUAGAUGAGAACGUGCAGUUACAACUGGUCAGCCUGCGGCAGUGUUACGCAGGAUAUAGCGAUGACAGUGACAGCGGUACUGUAUACGACAACUGUGUUUCCUCGCCCUAUGAGUCAGCCAUUGGGGAAGAGUAUGAAGAAGAGGAAGAGGAGCAGGUGGGAGCUGCCGGGAGGGAAGGGAACAGAGUUCGGAGGUCUAUGUGCCUCUCGGAGAGCUCCUCUCCAGAGGGCGAUGUCUCCUAUUCCAAAAAAUUCCUCAACGUCUUCAUGAAUGGGCGUUCACGCUGUACGACUGCAGAUUCCUUUGGAUUGUUUUCAUGUCUUAUAAAUGGUGAAGAGCGAGAACAGACACAUCGAGCAGUUUUCAGGUUCAUGCCUCGUCACCCCGGGGAACUGGAGCUGGAGGCUGAGGAUCCCUUGCUGGUGGAGGUGCAGGCAGAAGACCAUUGGUAUGAGGCUUAUAACAUGCGGACAGGCGAGCAUGGUAUAUUUCCAGCUUAUUACGCAGUACAAGUGACCAAGGACAAGGAUCACUCGACAGAAAGUCAAACUUCUGACUGGGUUGACCAGUUCUGGGUGAAGUUCCUUGGCUCUGUGCAAGUUCCAUACCACAAAGGAACGGAAGUUCUGUGCACCGCCAUGCAAAAGAUUGCUAUGUCUCGUCGCCUUACAGUGCUGUCAAACCCACCAUCUAGCUGUGUCCUUGAGAUCAGCCUCCGGGGGGUAAAAAUUGCAGUUCGAGGAGAUGACCCUCAGGACCACAGUCAGCAGGUGAACACGUGCAGUCACUUCUUCCAGUUAAAUAACAUCUCAUUCUGUGGCUAUCACCCUAAGAACAGCAAAUAUUUUGGCUUUAUAACUAAACAUCCCUCCGAUCAUCGCUUCGCUUGUCAUGUAUUUGUCUCUGAGGAAUCAACCAAACCCCUGGCAGAGUCUGUCGGGAGAGCCUUCCAACAGUUUUACAAAGAAUUUGUGGAGUACACAUGCCCCACCGAGGAUAUAUAUUUGGAGUAGCUGCAAUUUAUUACACGGAAAUCUGUUCUGUGCAUGGACAAAACUGCUUGUGUCUGGGCAGCGGAGGACACAGAGCUGCCUGAGUGGUGGGAUGGUGAGGGACAAGAGGCACCCCUCCCUGCUGUGCCUCCACCCUGUUGGAUUCUGGUGAACUGGGUGUAAAAUCAAGUUGAACGUGAAGGCUGGGCCCAACCAAGACAUUUCCCAAUAACCUUCUCCCCACUUUACUCUGCCCCUAACCCUGCCAUGCAUUUUCGAGCAAGGGGACUCCAAGGAAGGACUGUGCUCUGAUCUCCUGAGCAUUACUACCAGCUUGUGUAUGGAAACUGCAAGAAAAUGCUACGGUCAGGAAAGAAAGCCUAGGGAUGUUAGAGUUAGAAAGUGGAGAACAAGCUCUGUGAUAUCACACAGUUGCCUGUGAGUGAAAGUUUGGUUUUAUUUAAAUACAGAAAGGAUAAAGAAUGUGUGCGCAUGUUGCUUGGUACCAGCUGUGGGGAUGCAUCAAUGAUUGACAGAUGGAAGGUGAAGGUUAGUUGCUGCUCAAACUGCUGUGGCCAUUGGUAGUGUGUUAAUGGCCUUCUAGACUCACUGAAAUACUGUAUGAAUGAGUGGAUUGAACGACUCUGUACAUAGUGCUUGAGCUGGUGCGCAGUUCUAUUGACUUACAAAGUGACACUAUAUAUAAACACAGAUAUGUGCGUGGCUGGGUUUGCUAGUUGGUUAUCCUAAUAAGGUAAAGAUGGUUGUCUGGGUGUCUUGAUGAGUCAGUAUUGGUUAUAGAGGUGUGUUUCCAAAGGUUGGGGGCAGAAGGCAGCUCAACGUUUCUCAAUAAAACAGACUGAGAAUG